AUGCUCGUUGCGUGGAGAGCUCUGAGCACCGCAACAGUUGAAGGACCAGUAGCUGCUUCGAUACGCAAGAAACUGGAAGAGACUUUUUCGCCGUCUCAUCUGAAGGUUGUAUGUGAAAGCUACAUGCAUAGAGUGCCUAAAGGGACUGAGAAGCAUUUUCGUGUCCAGAUUGUCAGCGAUAAAUUUGAAGGAUGCUCG